AUGCUCGGCUUGAAAGACAAGUGCAUUCAUCCGACUUCCCAGAAGCCAUACAUCAAGUCCUUCUCAGGUGGCAAGAACAACAGCCCUGAAGGCCACAGCGGCAAUUCGACCCAUGGUUUCGUAGUGGAGUUUGAGAAUGAAGAGGACCGCGACUACUAUGUAUACAAAGACCCUGCCCAUCAGGAUUUCGUAAAGCUUGCUGGAGAGGUGGCGAAUGGCGUGAAAGUGUUCGAUUACGAGCCAGGGAAGAUGUAG